GAAGGAAAAGGAGUGUUAACGAUCGAAGCGCCUCUAUAAAGCUUUCUCUUCUCAUCGCCAUUUAUUUAAACUCACUUAACCAUCACUAACCAGUCUUAACCGUUUGUUGUUUAAUUUGUAUUUAUACGUUUUUUUAUUUAAUAUCACAAUUAAAAUGUAUUCUGUAAAGCAAAUCAAGUUAAUGAAUGAACUGAUUAGGACUGGAAUAUCGAAACAAGGUAUUAGUGAAUUGUACGAUGUUCUUCAUGCUGAUGUCGCAGCCCAGUCUCAACCUUCACCUCCUAACUCUCAACCUUUACCUGACUGUGUCAACAAUGAUCAUAGCUCUCCACCAUUGCCGGACACUCAGGGGUGAGUUUUAUGUCGGUUUCCUUCUUGAUACACCAAGACCAACAAACAUUGAAUCUCCACCGUAUACAGAUGAGGAACCAUGGCCUCAGUGGCCAUCCAAUACAACAAAUAGUGAAAAGAAAAGAGAUAGGUUCGUGUUUAAACACGUCCAUCACGAUAUAUUAAAUGAGGCUUUCCUCAGAAAUCGUUAUCCUGAAAACGAUGAAAAAGAAUGCCUGGUGGAUAAAUGUAAUGCAGCUCUAGAAAAUUAUAAAAAUAGACCUUUGAAAGAGUCAGAAAAGAUGACCAUUUUAAAUAUUACUAAUUGGUUCAAUAAUCGACGUAAAGAAAAGAAACGAAAUCGCCGUACUCUAGAUCCAAGUUCCUAUUGUGUUCAAAAUUUAAAAGAAAACAAUGAAGUUAAAGAGGAAAUAAUCAGUGAAGAUGAUGUAUAAAAGACUAUAACGUAGAGAAUGUAAAUUAAGAUAAAUCAACUCUUGGAAUGGCCAUCGCCUUUAAAGGAUGCCAAAUUUGUCAAUACAACAAGAUUCUAUUUGUAACCAUGAAUAUAUCAUAUUAUUAAAUCAUGAUAUUUAAGUGAUGAUUAUCAGUAUUUGAGUGUAACAGUUGUACGCUGUUGCGUAAAGCAAAAAAAAAGAAAGCUAAAUGACUGAGCAAUGGGAUCGGAUAUUGGAUUCGAUAUUUAUAAUGUUGCAUGAAAAUGAUGAAUUUCAUCAUUUCAAGAAUCAAAUAUGCUUUAAACAAAUGUGUUAUUUUUUUUAAAUAAAAGAUCUAAUUGUAAAAAAUA